ACGUUAUUAUAUACAAAGGUGGUACAGAAAGAUGAGGUCCAGCAUACCUUCUGGGUCAAACCAUUUCAGCCCCUUCUCCCCAAUCCACAGGGCUGAUGCACUUGAAUUAAACAGGAUUAAAGGCUUAUCAGAGCUGGAAACCACACCCCAACUGCAGCCUUUAGCUCCAGACCUUCUGUCUGCCCACUGAGGAGGACAAAGGAGGGAGGCAGCGGGACAGGGCAAUGCCGCAGCCCUGCACACAGUCAAGAGAGCUUUUGUGUAGAAGCCAGCCGCCCUUCUGGAUCUCCAUGAUGAGAGAAUGGGCCCUGCUCAUGUUGACAGUGCUCUGCGGCCUGGCUGGCCCCACACACCUGUUUCAGCCGAGGCUGGUGCUGGACAUGGCCAAGGUCCUCUUGGAUAACUACUGUUUCCCAGAGAACCUGAUGGGGAUGCAAGAAGCCAUUGAGCAGGCCAUCAAGAGUCGUGAGAUUCUAGCCAUCUCAGACCCUCAGACUUUGGCCUAUGUGCUGACAGCUGGGGUGCAGAGCUCCUUGAACGACCCUCGCCUGGUCAUCUCCUAUGAGCCCAGCACACUUACGGCUCCCUGGAAAGCUGCAGAAAUCACCGAUCUGACACAAGAGGAACUUUUUGCCCAGCUGCAGAAAGGCAUCCACCAUGAGGUUCUGGAAGGCAAUGUGGGCUACCUGCGUGUGGACAACAUCCCAGGCGAGGAGGUGCUGAGCAAGCUGGGGGGCUACCUGGUGGCCACCAUCUGGCAGAAGCUCAUGGGCACCUCUGCCUUGGUGCUGGACCUCCGGCACUGCACUAGGGGCCAUGUUUCUGGCAUCCCCUAUGUCAUCUCCUACCUGCACCCAGGGAACACAGUCCUGCAUGUGGAUACCAUCUACAACCGCCCCUCCAAUACGACCACUGAGAUCUGGACCCUGCCCCAGGUUCUGGGAGGGAGGUACAGUCCUGACAAGGAUGUGGUGGUCCUCACCAGCAGCCACACUGGGGGUGUGGCUGAGGACAUCACUUACAUCCUCAAACAGAUGCGCAGGGCCAUCGUGGUGGGUGAACGUACUGUGGGGGGUGCCCUGGACCUCCAGAAGCUGAGGAUAGGCCAGUCCGACUUCUUCCUCACUGUGCCCGUGUCCAGGUCCCUAGGCACCCUGGGCUGGGGCGACCAGACAUGGGAGGGCAGUGGGGUGCUGCCCUGUGUGGGAACAACUGCGGAGCAGGCCCUAGAGCAAGCCCUGGCCAUCCUCACUCUGCGCCGUGCCCUUCCGGGAGUCAUCCAGUGCCUGCAGGAGGCCCUGCAGGACUACUACACACAAGUGGACUGUGUGCCCACCCUGCUGCACCACCUGGCCAGCAUGGACUUCUCCUCAGUGGUCUCUGAGGAGGAUCUCGUCACUAAGCUCAAUGCUGGUCUGCAGGCUGUGUCAGAGGACCCCAGGCUUGUGGUGAGGACUGUGAAGUCCAAAGAAACCUCCUCUGGGCCUGAGGCUAGCACCAAAGAUCCCCUGGAGGGGGCCCCAGCAGUGCCCAAGGACGAGAAUGCCCAGCGGGCCCUGGUGGACUCUGUGUUCCAGGUGUCAGUGCUGCCAGGCAAUGUAGGUUACCUGCGCUUUGACAGGUUUGUGGAUGCCUCUGUGCUGGGUGCACUGGCUCCAUACAUCCUGAACCAGGUGUGGGAGCCCCUGCAGGACACAGAGCACCUCAUUAUGGACCUGCGCCAGAAUCCUGGGGGGCCAUCUAAUGCUGUGCCCCUGCUGCUGUCCUACUUCCAGGGCCCCGAUGCCGGCCCUGUGCACCUCUUCACCACCUACGACCGCCGCAGCAACGUCACGCAGGAGUACUUCAGCCGCAGUGAGCUGCCAGGCAGGUGCUAUGGCACUCAGCGUGGAGUAUACCUGCUCAUCAGCCACCGCACUGCCACUGCUGCUGAGGAGCUGGCCUUCCUCAUGCAGUCGCUGGGCUGGGCCACACUGGUGGGCGAGAUCACCGCAGGCAGCCUACUGCACACCCUCACCGUGCCCCUGCUGGAGAUGCCUGGGGGCAGCCUGGCACUCACAGUGCCCGUGCUCACCUUCAUUGACAACCAUGGGGAGGGCUGGCUGGGGGGUGGUGUGGUGCCCGACGCGAUUGUGCUGGCUGAGGAAGCCCUGGAUAGAGCCCAGGAAUUGCUAGAGUUCCACCGCAGCCUGGGUGCCCUAGUGGAGGGCAUAGGGCACCUACUAGAGGCCCACUAUGCACGGCCAGAAGUGGUCGGACAGACCAGUGGCCUGCUGCGAGCCAAGCUAGCCCAGGGGGCCUACCGCACAGCUGUGGACCUGGAGUCCCUGGCCUCUCAGCUCACAGCCGACCUGCAGGAGAUGUCUGGGGACCACCGUCUGCUGGUGUUUCAUAGCCCUGGUGAGCUUGUGGCUGAGGAGUUACCCCCACCAUCCCCAGCUGUCCCUUCUCCAGAGGAUAUCUCCUACCUCACUGAGGCCCUGUUCAAGACAGAGGUGCUGCCUGGUCAGCUGGGCUACCUGCGCUUCGAUGCCAUGGCCGAACUGGAGACAGUGAGGGCCCUCGGGCCGCAGCUGACGUGGCUGGUGUGGCAGAGACUGGUGGGCACGGCUGCACUGGUGGUCGACCUGCGCUACAACCCUGGCAGCUACUCCUCUGCUGUGCCACUGCUCUGUUCCUACUUCUUUGAGGCAGAGCCCCGCCAACACCUCUACUCCAUCUUUGACAGGGCCACCUCAAGGGUCACAGAGGUGUGGACCCUGCCUCAGGUGGCCGGCCAGCGCUAUGGCCCCCACAAGGACCUCUACAUCCUAACAAGCCACACCAGUGGGUCAGCAGCUGAGGCUUUUGCUCACACAAUGCAGGACCUGCAGCGGGCCACAGUUAUCGGGGAGCCUACAGCUGGAGGGGCGCUUUCUGUGGGCAUCUACCAGGUGGGCAGUAGCCCCUUGUGUGCUUCCAUACCCACACAGAUGGCCCUGAGUGCCAGCACAGGUAAGGCCUGGGACCUGGCUGGGGUGGAGCCGGACAUCACUGUGCCCAUGAGUGAGGCCCUUUCUACAGCCCAGGACAUAGUGGCCCUGCGUGCCAAGGUGCCCACUGUGCUGCAGACCACUGGGAAGCUGGUAGCUGAUAAUUAUGCCUCUCCUGAGCUGGGAGCCAAGAUGGCUGCCAAACUGAGUCGUCUGCAGAGCCGCUAUUCAAGGGUGACCUCAGAAGGGGCCUUGGCCGAGAUGCUGGGGGCUGACCUACAGCAGCUGUCUGGGGACCCGCACCUGAAGACAGCCCAUAUCCCCGAGGAUGCCAAGGACCGCAUUCCUGGGAUCGUGCCCAUGCAGAUCCCUUCCCCUGAAGUCUUUGAAGACCUGAUCAAGUUUUCCUUCCACACUAAUGUGCUUGAGGACAACAUUGGCUACUUGAGGUUUGACAUGUUUGGAGACUGUGAGCUGCUCACCCAGGUCUCAGAGCUGCUGGUGGAGCACGUCUGGAAGAAGAUUGUGCACACAGAUGCCAUGAUUAUUGACAUGAGGUUCAACCUUGGGGGCCCCACCUCCUCCAUCUCCGCCCUAUGCUCCUACUUCUUUGAUGAAGGGCCUCCAAUUCUGCUGGACAAAAUCUACAGCCGGCCCAAUGACUCUGUCAGUGAGCUCUGGACCCACACCCAGCUUGCAGGUGAACGUUAUGGCUCCAAGAAGAGCGUGGUUAUUCUGACCAGUGGCUUGACAGCUGGUGCUGCAGAGGAAUUUACUUAUAUCAUGAAGAAGCUGGGCCGGGCACAGGUCAUCGGGGAAGUGACCAGUGGGGGCUGCCACCCGCCACAAACCUACCAUGUGGAUGAUACCCACCUUUACAUCACCAUCCCCACAGCCCGCUCAGUGGUGGCUGCAGAUGGCAGCCCCUGGGAAGGGGUGGGUGUGAUGCCCAAUGUGGCUGUUCCUGCUGAAGCAGCCCUCACUAGAGCCAAGGAGAUGCUCCAGCCCACUCUGCCGAGGGCAAGGCAAAGUCCAAGCCUGCAGGGCUGCUGGGAGGGCCCCUGUGGGCAUAGCCCCAUGGUGGGUGGGAUCUCAGGUGCGCAUGCCACAGGCACUCUAGCACAUAGUCCUGCCUGAGACCCAGAGUGGGCUGCAAACAGGCCUGCUUAACGCUGGUUAGAGUUGGAGGCACUCUUGGAGCUCAUCCACCCAGUCUUUUCUCUCUUUUUGCACACCUAGGGACAGGAAACUCAGCCCUUCAAAGGAAACCCCUCCAGAGUAGUUAUUUUGGGGAAGUGAAGUCCAGAUACCCAAGCCAUGCUUCUUAUUCACUCCCUGGUCCUAUUGCUGUCAACCAGAGCAGCUCCAACCAAUAAAGCUAUGAGUCACAGAUGUCCAGCACAUGAGUCACUUCACAUUUCUAGUAGCCACCAUUUUAAAAAGUAAGAAGAAACAGCUGAAUUUCAUUUUAAUAGUAUAUUUUAAUAAUAUAAUUUACUUAACCUACCAUACAGUAGUAUCACUUCAGCAUGUACUUAAUAUAAAAAUGAUAAUGAAUGAGAUGUUUGUGUACAGGGUCUUAGAAGUUGGGUAUGCAGUCUGCUCCCUGCACCUGCUCUUCCCUGUUCGAGCACCUCUUCCACCCUGCCCUGGGAUCAUUUCUGUCCCUACCAUGCUGGACAGCCCUCAGUGGCAGGAGCCAUCCUACUCAUUCUCGUCCCCUCCUGCCCGCCACCUAGGUGGUACCUGUUGCAGGCAGUGUUAACACAACGGACACACAUCAAUAUUGGGCACCAAGAAAACAACAUCUAUGUUUUCCUCCAGGUGGCAGCCACCAGACACUUGGAGACAGGUUGAGGUUCACUUAGAAUCCUCUUUUUCCAGCCCCAGUCCAAUUCUACCCAAUGAGCCUGUCUUUUUGUCACAUGUUCCUUCCAUGGCAUAUUCUCCAGUUUCUACCAGGGAUCCAAAGAGCUCUGAUGCUGUGCAGCAUCCAAUGGAACAUGGUCCUGGUGGUGGUCUGGACUCCUGCCCUGACCAUCCAAGUGCAGGCUGUCACUGUGCUGGCUCUGGGGACCAAGCCGAGUCCUGAUGGGGCAACAAGCUGGCAGCACACAGACCCUGAGACCUCCUCUAGAGCCAAGAAAGUGGGGAGCCCAGGGGUGGCCUGGGAAAGAAGAACCCAGCUGGUGCCCUGGGAGUGCAACCCGGCUCUGCUGGAGGCACCAGGGACCCAAAAAUGAGAGACCUCUAGGGUCCCACCCAAAAUUAUGUUGGGGGUGAGGCUGGAAGGCCAGGGUACCCCAGCCCCCCACUCAGCACUCCCAGAGCUUCUGGCUCCAAGGUGUCUGAGUGAGGAUGAAAUGCUGGGGCUGCCUGGCCUUGCCAUCUGGUGAGCGUAGGUGCAGCUUCCACAGGUGACCUCCCCCGGGCAUGGACUGACUGCACCAGCCCUGUCCACAGCACCCAGAGUGCUGUGGCAUCUGAGCACAUCAGCGGGCCACCGCCAAUACCUAGGGGUUUCUUCCCUAGAAAACCUUGAAUCAACUCUGUCUAAACAGGAAAGCCCUGAUGGCAGGCAACAUUUCACUCCAGGCCCUUUGCCUUCUGCUAAAUUCAGGUAAGACUAAGCGCAUGACCACAUUUAGUAGUAUCAUGGACUGUGUGACCCCAUCUUUUUCUUUAAUUUUCUUUCUAUUAAUGUUCAGGCAGCUAUGUGACCCUCCCUGUAUGUUUACAUUCUAGGGUUCCUCCCCCCUCCCUGCUCCCUCGUCUCUCACACACACAAACACACACAUAUACAGCUAACUGAUGAUCACCUAAAUCAAACAAUGGUUCCUUCUAGGUGGUAGAAUCAGGGGUGAUGCUUUAACUUUCUUCUUAUAUUUUCCUCUUUUUCUUAAAUCUUUAUAACAAGCAUAUAUCAUUAUUUUUAAACACAGCAGUCAUUAUUCCAAAAAUAAAAUUAGAUAAAAACAAAUUACAUAAUUCUGUCACUAACCAUACCUUACUGAAUAGUUAAUUUUUUCACAGGUUUUCCUUUCAUAACAUUUGGAUUUUCCUGACUUACACCACAGACAUUUAUUGGCAGUUUAUUUUGGUCCAGAUACCAGGCUAGGUACUGUGGAGUUUGCAGAUGGCCAAGGUCCUGGUGGGUCUUAAAUCAGGGAAGGGGUGGAGCAGCUUUUAGGAUGGGUGUCAUACAUAGGUCUCUCUCUGAGCAACUCAGAUAAGCUCAGUAAUUUACAGGAGGUCACACAGCUAGCAGAAUGGACCUUUGUCCUCCUUUAGGCCACCCAGCAUUUGCACCCACUUCGAGGUUCAAUAUGAACCUAGGGGAAACAGACUCACUAAGAAGCAGUGAGGUGAUUAGGAGCCCAAGUUCUGACUUGAGCUUGCCUGCGUGAGAAGAUCAGGCUAGUCACUUCCUAGCUGUGUGACUCUGGGCAAGUUACUUCACCAUCUCUGGGCCUCAGUUUUGUUAGCUGUAAAAUGGGAGAGAUAAUAGCGCCUCUGGGGCUGUGAAGAUUGAUUAAACCAGUGCCCAGCCAAAGUCACCUGUCAUUGUUUCUCCACAAUGAAGCUGGACACCCUGGCAGCCCACUUUCCCAGCUCCCUGGCAGUAGGGUAUGGGCAUGUGGUCCUGCCUGGGCCCAGAGACUCCUGGGCAGGAUGUUUAAUCUGGAGCAAGUGGCCUGGGGAAGCUGGGCAGCAACAGUGACCAGAUGCACAGUGUGCAGGGCAGCACAGCCAUGCCCCUACUCAACAGGGGCAGCAGCGGUGUCCUUUGCAGGCAAGUCCCCUGAGUAGCUCCUUGUCCCUGUCCACUGUCCAGCGUGAGCCCCAGCCUGCCCACCCAACACAGCGUGCAGCUCUCAAGACAUCCUUUUCUGCUUCAAUCCAUCACAGACUAUUUGUGUACAACAAAUUAGACUGUGUGGUGCACCUGGGUAAGGCGCAGGCAAGAUCUGAACCCACAUGUGUCUGGCUCCAAAGCCCCUGCUCUUUUCACCAAAGCAUGAAGACGCCCCAGGUCUGGUCUGGGAAGAGGCCUUAAUGUGGGGAACCUAGAGUUCUGUGCAGAACGCAGGGAAAGGUCGGCCUUCUUGAUGCCAUCCUUCCUGCAUUAUUACCUGCUUGGAGACAGAAGACUGGAGAGAAGGAAAAAGGAAAAUGAAAUCCCACCAGGCCUCUCUUCUGGUGGCAAAGCCAGGUGACCCACAGCUGCCUAGAAGCCUGUGCUCUGACAGACUGCAGGCCCCUUAAACUCUUGAUGCCCCAGUAUGAGCUCAUCACAUCCAUCUACCCGUACCCAGCCUGGCCAAAUCCUACUUCUGUUCCCAGGUCCCUAUCUUAUACAAAGUCACAUCUCCCUCCAGAAAUCAGGGAGGAUGCUCCUGGCUCCGCCUCUCUCUCCCUCCCAUCCCCAACCCUGUGUCCAUACAAUCAUCAGAACCCAAGAUGAGCUAUCUGAGUUAAUAGCAUUCUGCUCUGGGCCCAUCCUGCCAUCCCCUCUCCUUUGUCUUAGGGUCCUGGUGAGGCAUCUAAAUCCCCACCACAGCCUCCUGCCCCAUUUCUGUGCCUGGGCCUGCAGCAAGGGCCACUGCCCUGCCAUACAUCCUUCUCAGGUUUCCCCCUGCUUGAGAACCCCUCGAGGCAUCCCCUAACCUACAUCAAGAAAGGCUGGGCUAGGCUGCCCACCCCUCUCCCGAGGUCUCCCCAGCCCACAGAGAGGCUGGAUCUUCACCACCAGGAUCCUUGCUGGAGCCUUGCCACAGGCCCUGGUACAGCAGGGGCCAGGGACCAUGCUGGAGUACCAGAGGGGAGGAACCCAGCUUUCCUCCCACCUCACUCACCCUGCCCCCUGUGUCCCUGCAUCUGCCUGCACACCCAUGUUGUGUGACAGUGAGGUCCCUGGCUACCCCCUCCGCAUUGAUGCAACGGGAGGGCAUGGCUCAGAAAGAGAAAGGGUGCUGCUGAAAUAACACCGAUGGGCAAGGUAUCCUGCCUCUAGGUCCCCACUGGAGGGUGCCCAUGUUGUACCUCCUGGUUCCUAUGGGAUUAGCUGCCUAAGGACUCCUUGCUUAUUUGAUGAUCAGGGGGCUGGUAGUGAAAAUAGCCUCCUAAUCCAAGCAGCUUAGAAUUCCAAGGGUAUCAGAGGCCACUAGCUUCCUGUCUCCUACCCCAGGAAAACACAGGAUGGCUGAGGAAGAAGAAAAUUAAACAACCUCAACCCUCUUCCCCAAAUUUACUGCUUUCCCAACCCCCAUUCAAAAUUGGUUUCUGAAAAAUUCUUCUCUCCUAGGAAAUGGCACAAGUCAAAACAUACUGGAGAAUGAUUCGUUUUUAAAAUAAAAGGUUUAUUCUAUGGUAUUCAAUUAUUACUAUGUGAUCUUUAGACUUGCAUGACUACAAAAAAAAAAAAAUCAAAAUUAAGCAAAUAGCCAAGGUGUGCAAAACUUUCUCUGAAGUGCAAGGGAGGCCUGCAGCCUCCAGGAGGCACCAGCACCAUCCAAGGAGGAAGGAUGCAAGGUUUGCCUGUGGAUAACUCCUGCUGACUUUGACCCCUGUGUAGGAGUCUCUCCCAGAUGAAUAGGUAGUAUGUGUGAGGUUAGCUGGGCCAGACCCAGAACCCAGACUGUUCCAAAGCUGGGAGUAUAAUAGAGUUAUGGGUCUCCAGCCACCGAUUCCUGCCUCUCCCCAUCACCACCACCACUAAUGUGCUUCCUUUUUGGUCACCCGUUUUAAAAAGGCAACUAAAGCUGUUGACUACUAAUUUCACAUAUAGUACUGAUUAAUAGCCACUUUUGAGGCCUGUGUUCCACCUGACAUCAAGGAGACACCCAGGACAUCCAAGUAUCAGGAGCUCCCCUCCUUUUCCCUUCCCUCCCCACAAGCCCAGGGGACUUCACUCACUUUCAUUAACCUAAUUAUCUAGCCAUUUGAGUAGGAUCUCUGGUCUAAGAUUCAGGAAUUGGCCAGAAGUCGAAAUUUAGGACCCCAACCUUGUUGAGGUUUUACUUCUCUUCCAGAUAAAAACAAACAGAA